AUGCUCCUUGCCUGGCUCUCCGCCCAACCUUUUUUCAGAGAGGUCAACUCUUCCCUUGUCACCGUUGACAUGAAGAAGGCGUGCGCCUCCACUUCCCGUGGUCCGAGCAAGAAGCCUCUUCAGUAUGCACCGUGGAAUGGUGAGUUCUGGUUCCUCUACAAGGGCCAUUGGAUCGCCUUCAGACGCGUUGAGAAGAGCAACAACGACAUUUUCGCCCGAGAAACGGAAGAAGUCUCACUCCGGUGCUUCGGAUGGUCGAAGGGUAUCCUGGAGGCUCUAAUGGAGGAAAGCCGCGAAAAGUACCUUGAGGGUCUCCGUGGGAAAACUCUCAUCUUUGAGGCAACAGGCGGAAGGUGGGAGGAGUCCAAGACGAGAAGCAACAGAGACGUAUCGACCGUCCUCCAUGACGCCAAGGUGAAAGAAGACCUCUUGAGCGACAUUGGGUGGUUUCUUGACCCAUGCACGCGAGCAUGGUACACCGACCGAGGCCUCCCAUACCGACGAGGAUACUUGCUACAUGGGCCACCCGGCACCGGGAAGUCCAGUUUCAGCUUUUCCAUUGCUGGACAUUUCGAACUGGACAUUUAUGUUCUUAGCCUUGUCAACGUCGACGACGCCGCACUGAGCAGCCUACUAGCAAAACUGCCGCAGCACUGUGUCAUCCUCCUGGAAGACAUCGACGCAGCGACUUCGGACCGGGCACAUAUCAAGGAAGGGGAUUCCGAGUCUGUUUCCAGCGGCUCAGAGAACCAGGGCAAGAAACGCCUUGACGACGCACUGAUCCGUCCUGGCCGCGUGGACUUCAAGGUCAAGUUCCGACUUGCGGACCGAGAGCUCAUCGGGCAGCUCUUCCGCCUCAUCUUCAAAGGCUCCGACGACAUCACAACCAUCGGGCGGCUUGCCGACAAGUUUGCCGAUCAGGUCCCAGAAUCGGAGUUCAGCCAUGCCGAGGUGCUAUCUCUCCUAUUGGAACACAGGCUGUGUCCAGGCAACGCUGUGGCGGGCGUGGAAGCAUGGGUGGACAAGACCAGGGAGGAGAAGAGGGGCCUGAGAAGGGAGGGUUCUUGGUUGCAUUAUGCCCGUCAUGUCGCUACCGAGUUUGUUUCGCCUGAAUUGAAGACGUCUUUGACCGAGAUAUUGGUUAAACUCCUGCCCGCAUUUGUUCGGGCAGCCCCCAACAAGGUACUCUCCGAACUGCUCGAGCAGCCCCUACUGUAA